UCCGGAGUGCUUUCGCAGGCCCAAUAUGGAACCGGAAGUAUUGACAAAGGUCGAACAGAUCGAUCCUGUCGCAGAUGAGGAGUCCAAGGAGGGCGUGAUUCUUACAGAGAGCACACCAUCACCUCAACAUGAUCUUGGUGGACUGGAUGAAGAUGACGAUGAAGAAGAUAGCCUUUCCCUGUAUGAAGGACUUCUAGAUGCAGAAGAUGAGCCUUAUGAUCAUGUUCGAGCCCAGGAUGUGUGCACACCUGAGGAGGCAAAGCAGUUCCGCCAAAGGCUACGCGAAGUUGGCCUUGAAGCAUUCGUAUCAGAAACCCUGGGCAAGGAGACGGUCAGCGUACAGAAGCUCAUGACAGCGUUUGGCGUUCGCAUUCCACAAUGGGUAGCCGACUCGCCACCGGAGCUCUGUUACCGUGUUCUUGGAAUGGCGAUGGUGAGAGAGCUGCAGAAGCGUCAGAGGCUCCCAGAAUACCAGACGAUCGACGAUGCUGCAAAGCUACUUAAUGCGUCCAAGAAAAUUAUGGUCGUUACAGGAGCGGGUGUCUCGACAAGUCUUGGCAUUCCAGAUUUCCGAUCAAAGUCCACAGGUUUCUAUUCCAAGUUGCAAGCACGUGGGUUUCAAGAACCGGAAGAAGUGUUUGACCUCCAGACCUUUGACGAAGACCCAUCGUUGUUCUAUUCGCUUGCAGGAGACAUCCUUCCAGACCUGAACAAAUGGACCCCUACCCAUCAGUUUAUACGGAUCAUUCAGGACAAGGGAAAGUUGUUGCGCAACUACACGCAAAACAUCGACAACAUUGAGAGCCACGCUGGAAUUCUGCCUUCGAAACUCAUCCAGUGCCACGGCUCUUGGGCACACGCCACGUGCCGGAAAUGCGGAUACAAAGUUCCCGGAGAGGAGAUCUUCGAGAACAUCAGAGCCAAGGAGGUUGCGACAUGCAAGAGAUGUGAGCAGACAUUACGAGCACCUGGUGGCAUAAAACGCAAGCGUACUCCGAACAGCUUUGACAAGCCGAAGAAGCGAGGUGAUCCUAGCGAUGACGAUGAUUCCGAUGGGCAGUACGACAUACCGGAGCCUGGUGUUAUGAAACCCGAUAUCACGUUCUUUGGCGAAAAGCUUCCAGAUUUAUUCUUCGACACGCUACAGCAACAUGACCGAAACGAAGUAGAUCUUGUCAUUGUGAUGGGCACUAGCAUGAAGGUUGCACCAGUAUCUGAAAUUCCAAACUACCUACCGGCAAACGUGCCACAGAUCUACAUUUCAAGAGAUCCUGUAUAUCACAUCAAUUUCGAUAUCAAUUUGCUGGGCGACUGCGACACCAUCGUCGCGGCUCUAUGCGAGCGAGCGGGCUGGGAUCUGAAGCACAACAUGAUACCCAGCGAUUUGAAAGUUAAGAUUUCUCCCCAUGAGACACUCGAACACACGUACGUGGUGACAGCUGUGUCGUCCGGGAAGGAAGAGCCCAAGGAAGCGGAUUCGCUCCAGAAAACGGAGGUUGCAGCUUAGAAUAUCGCCUGUUUCAUCUUAAUUGCACGACAAGCGAGCAUUGAAGCGGAGUACGGUUAGGGGAUGCAUACGUUAUACCCUCAGGCCACUAGCAUUUCAGCACCGGUUCUGAUAGAGUAGGAUUGUCGGUUUCCCACCAGCGGCAUCUGGAAAGUUGACGAGGUUUCGGUAUUAGCGACUUGUCUUCUAUGACUUACGACGAGUGGUGCAAGAUCAGAGAGGAAAGCUUGAGUAUCUUAUAUUGUCACGUUUAUGGAAUGGUACGAGAAUCGCGAAGGGUAACAAGGACUCUUUAUGCUUCCUAGGUGAUGCUGGAAUGUGUAGAUGAUGCUUGUUCUGAUGAUGUUCCUUUUGCUCCUACCUCGAUGAGUUGCUCAUGUUACGCACUCUCCAUCGCGCCUCCAUUAAUGACUGCAGGAUAGGCGCUUUCCCAUUGUUCAGUUCUGUGCCAUACUCAAGCUCUGCACACUCUCCUCGUCUUGACAACGAACCAGUCCGACCGUGGAAAAGGAAUCAGAUUUUAACGCAGCAUCAUCUCAAGCACGACAAUUUUACCCCAUUCAAUUUCUGCAUUUCGAGCAGCCGUGCAGCCAUGGCCCGUCAAUUCAUCCCCUGCCUCGUCCUGGCACUCGGCCUCGCGGCCUCCGCACAAGCUAAGCACUCAGCUUCUUCAGGACUCGGUUUCCAUCUCGAAACUCACGCUAAUGUCCCCUUAGGAUCAUUCACAGGCUCCCUUGCCGAGACGCAGCCAACAUUUCUCGUCGAGAUGGCAGAGUCUAUUACCGCCGAUGGUGAUGCGGCUGCUCUCACCUUGACCCGAACGAGGAGCGCGACAUCCACACCAACGCCGAUGGCAGGAGCUUGUGAGGGUGAUGCGUUAAGAACAGCAACCACGGACCCGCCUUCUGAUUCAACGACAAUGAUGUGGACGGCAGAUGGGUUGCACGUGAAUAUCGAAACGGUCACAUCCAUCCAAUCCACAACCAUGGUGGUGGUAACGGCACAUGACCUGCGAAUGCAUCACAAUGCUGCUGGUAGGCUGGCUCCAUUCUGGAAGGCCUGGUAACGUUGAUUGCAUGUCCGACAGAUGGGACGACGGAGGGAUGAGGGAGUGACAUUCAUAUGGUGUACCAUGAGAGUCAAUCAGGCCGGGCUCACAUGGAAAGCUCCAGUCACGGGAUUUCUUCCCGUAAUUGAUUAGUAUCGU